AUGGAUUUCUCGUCUUCUUCGCUUGAAGUCUGUGGCUCAACUAAAACACUGGUGGAAGACAAGGAGCUCAACUUAGCUCAACUUGAGGACAUAGAAAUGAAAACUGAAGCAGUUGCUGGGAGAUGUUCAAUUGACAACGUCUAUCGGAAAUCUGGUGUCACUAAGCUGGAGAAACCAGGAUCAGACAAGAAGGCUUGUGCUUGUGAUACUUUAACAGAAGACAGAGAACAUAUCGAGGAAAUAAAGGAGUUGCAUGCAUACCUUGACAUGGUGAAAACGAUGGUGAGACCAGGUUGCUCACCGGAAGUGCUGAAAAUGGCUUUGAAUUCCAUGUCAACACUUUUCAACAUCCUCACCUUUGCAUCCUCAACGACUAGACCCCCCAAAAAUGGCACACAGGAAAACAGGGGAGAAGCAAUGGUAAUUGAUAAAGCACUGAUGACGCGAGAGAUGAUCUGCAAUCCAUCAUGUGACAUAUUGUCUGAUGAUCUCAUGCCAUUCCUAACUUUUCCACCAAAAAUUGUGCCGGACGACGCUGCAGCUCACAACGGGAAACUAACAAUUAAUUCCAGAAAUCACCGUCAAAGGUGA